AACUCAACCCGGAACUUUGCAUGGUCAAUAAUUUUUGGAAACCUCUCCACCUAGGCACAUAGGUUCUCCAAAAUAGUUGAAAAUAUAAUUCACUCUCGGAUUAUUGUCGUCCUCUCUAGGGAGAGAUUUCAAAUGCUUCCAGUCCCGAUCUCGGCGCUUUCGCGAGGACAGUAACUUUUCUUUUCAAACAGAGUCUUAGGAGGACACACAUAAACACACUUCAAGAUGCCCCAACAGGAUAUUGUGAAGAUUGCCAUCCAGAUGCCAGGAGCAUACCCUCAGCUCAUUCAACUGGACCAGAAAAAGCCCCUUUCUGCUGUAAUAAAGGAGGUUUGUGAUGGGUGGAAUCUUCCAGGCCCUGAUAACUACGCCCUCCAGUAUGCCGACGGUGUUCAGACCUACAUCACUGAAUCUAACCGUCUGGACAUUAAGAAUGGCUGCAUUCUCCGUCUGACCAAGGCACCGGGCCGUUGUGCCGAGGACCUCUACAAGGGCAUCCAGAGCUCAGACUCAGGUGUGCGCUGUGAUUCGCUGAAGCAGCUGGCCUGCGUGUCCACUGACGUCACUUUUGCCCAAGAGUUUAUCAGCCGUGAUGGCCACUCUCUGCUGGUGAAGAUCGUAGAGGACGCUGACGAGGCCCCUCUGAUCAUGACCCACACACUGACAGGCUUCAUGGAGUUGAUGGAUCAUGGGAUUGUAUCAUGGGAGAAUCUCUCUGCUGUCUUCAUCAAGAAGAUUGCUAACUUCGUCAAUGCCAAGGUGCUGGACGCGUCCAUCCAGCAGGUGUCCCUGGCCAUCCUGGAGAGCAUGGUGCUGAGCAGCAGCAGCCUCUUCCAGCAGGUCAAGCAGGAGGUCACUCUGGAGAGACUCCUCUCACAUCUGCAGGUGACAAACCAACAGAUUCAAACCAAAGCCAUGGCCCUCCUCAUGGCUCUGCUACAGACUGCUGGAGAUGCAGACAGACAGGAGCUGUUUGCCUUCUUAGGAAUGAAGAAUCUUCGACAGUACAUCUAUAAGAACAUUAUCCAUAGUUCUGCCUCCGUGGGGGAUGAGAUGGCCCACUACCUGUAUGUCCUCCAGUCUGUCACUCUGAACCACCUGGAGCCUCGCAUGAGGAUGCCCCUGGACUCCUACAACCAGGACCAGAGGGAGAUUCUACACGGCCUGCGGCAGGCAGCCUUCGAGACGGAGAGUGAGAACAGCUUGAGUCAUGAGCGACGGCGCUCUCUCUGUGCCAAGGAGUUCAAGAAGCUGGGCUUCUCUAACAACAGUAACCCAGGUCAGGACCUGCUGCGGGCCCCUCCUGGCCUGCUGGCUCUGGACACCAUGGCCUACUUCGCCUCCCGCUACCCCGAUGCCUACAGCAGGUUUGUUCUAGAAAACAGCAGUAGGGAGGAUAAGCACGAGUGUCCAUUCGCCCGCAGCAGCAUCCAGCUGACUCUAAUCUUGUGUGAGAUCCUACGCAUCGGAGAGCCCCCCUCAGAGACUGGUUCAAACUACCACCCCAUCUUCUUCUCUCAGGACCGGCUGCUAGAGGAGCUUUUCUGCGUUUGCAUCCAGCUGAUCAACAAGACCUGGAAGGAGAUGAGAGCCACGCAGGAGGACUUUGACAAGGUAAUGCAGGUUGUGCGUGAGCAGAUCACUAGGACUCUGUCCAGUAAGCCCACGUCUCUGGAGCUGUUUAAGAACAAGGUGAAUGCUCUGAACUACAGUGAGAUCCUCAAACUACGCCAGACAGAGCGGCUGCACCAAGAGGAGACCCUUGCCCCGCCUGUAUUAGAGCUGAAGGAGCGCCUGAAACCUGAGCUGUUGGAGCUGAUUCGCCAGCAGAGACUGAACCGCCUGUGUCAGGGAACACUCUUCCGCAAGAUCAGCAGUCGACGAAGACAGGAUAAGUUGUGGUACUGUCGUUUGUCACCCAAUCACAAAGUCCUGCACUUUGGCGAUGUGGAGGAGGACACAGAAACACCCCCCAUCGAGAGUCUCCAGGAAAAGAUUCCUGUUGCAGAUAUCAAAGCACUGCUGACAGGGAAAGACUGCCCUCACAUGAAGGAGAAUAAGGGCAAACAGACCAAGGAAGGGUUGGACCUGGCUUUCAGCAUCACUUAUGACGUGGAGGAGUACAGCCUCAACUUUAUCGCCUCAUCCAGAACAGACUUCUGCCUGUGGACAGAUGGACUGAGCGUGCUCCUGGGGCGGGACAUGAGUAGUGAAUGCAUGAGGAGUGAGCUGGAUAUCCUACUUUCCAUGGAGAUCAAGCUCCGCCUCCUGGACCUGGAGAACGUGCCCAUCCCAGACUGUGCCCCCCCGGUGCCCAAACCCCCCAGCAACUUCAACUUCUGCUACGACUUAAGCCAGGCUGAGCAGUAGGCCUGGAGAGAGGUCAAGGCAUGGUAGAGAAGGAGACCCGGGGCUUGUUCAGGAGGAUGUAACGUUACAGAAUGUCCGGAUAGAAAUGCAUGAAGUAGAACAUACAUGAUCAUCUGUCCUAUGGAAUAGGGGCGUAUGUCAGUUCUAUUCAUUCUAUUUCUAUCUGCAACGUUCAGAAUGUUUCAUGUCACUGAAUGUACCCCAAUAACGACCAAGCAUGUGGACAUAGCUAGAUACACAGGAGGAACAGUGGCAACAUGGAGGCCUGGAUGGAUAUAAAGAUGAUCUAAAGCAGAGGCAAAGAUGUCUUCUUAUAUGGGCGGAGUAAUGUGGAAGACGAGAGGCUGAACGUGAUUCCUUAGGUACUAUUAGAGUGGUCAUAUUUUUGUGUGUGGUUUGGGAACACAAGUGUAUUGUAACUGUAGAAAUGAAAAACAGAAAGGAAAACGCUGCACACUGCAGCUCCCAGGUGAUAUUUAUUUAUAACAACGUUUCAACCCUUAGGUCUUCAUCAGGCAUCCAUAUCCCAGGUGGGGUUGGAAGGUCCUAUAUAUAGGGGCAGUUCUCAGUGACAUCACUUCCUGAAACAGGAGGUAAAAAAUAUAUAACAUAGGUUGACAAUAUUAACAUUCAAUGUAUCAAAAUAUAUGAUCAUACACAAUGUGAUCAA